AUGCUCUAAUAAUCUCAAAAUAUUGAUUACUUGUAUAUACCUACUAGCAAGAAUUUAUAAUCGCUCCUUAAAACAACAAAGCUGUCGACUACUGGUAAUGUUCAAUAGGCUUAUUUGAUUAAGUCCUAAUUGAUAAAUCUAACCAAAAGUCAAAAAUAUGAAUAUGCAUUAACCAAAGAUGGCUCAUUAGUCAAAUUCGGACAUCAAACAACUAAAUGUUACAAUCUCUUUAGCAAUCUAUUCAUUCUAUCCUAUACCGACAAAAGUUUUUUAUUGACCUCAUACGACAGAGUUAAGGAGUAUCACUGCACUGACCAAAAAUAAUUAAAAAAUUGGAUAGAGCAUCUCUUAAGAUUUUGCAUUACAAGGGGCCAGAUCUAAACUAGAUUCAGAUUCCUGAGUCAAAUCAACAAUGGAAAUUAUUCAAAAGGCUAUCUCAUAGAGGACAGUAAAUAGAAACAGUUUGUAUGUAAGACCUUCCAAAAGACCGAUUUGAUCAAAGUCACAAAGCUUAGAGAUUCAGUAAUCGGCGAAAUGUUGCUGCUCAGACCUAUUGAUCAUCCAAAUGUGAUCAAGCUAUUGGAAAUUCAUGAGGACAACAAAUAAAUAUAUUUGAUAUAUGAAUAUGCAAAGGGCGAAUUAUUUCAGGAAUUCUAAAAGAAGAAAUCUGAAAAGUCACAAUUUAGCGAAUAAUAGAUAAGCAAUUUUAUGAAACAAAUUUUCGAAGGACUUAAACACAUCCAUUCCCUGAAUAUUAUACAUAGAGACAUUAAGUUAGAAAAUAUUCUGGUCAAGGAUUCUUCAACUAUAGUCAUUGCAGAUUUCGGGUUAGCAGCCAAGAAAAUACCUAAAUUUGAAUAUAAAAAGUAUGGAACUCCAGGGUAUAUUGCUCCUGAAGUACUCAAUUUGAAAGUUUAUAAUGAAAAAAUUGAUAUAUUUAGUGCUGGAGUAGUUGCUUAUAUAUUAUUGACUCAAUAACCUGUGUUCUCAGGAAACACCAUCAGUGCUAUAUUAAAUUCAAAUACUGCAGGAAGAAUUGAUUUCAACAAUUCGAAAUUUAUUUGUCUUAGUCAAGAUGCAUAAUAAUUCUUAUAAAGAGUCUUAUGUUUAGAGGAAAAUCAAAGACCUUCAGCAGCAGAUUGUUUGGACUCUUCAUUUCUAUAACUCAAGUUUCUUAACAAUGAAUUAGGAACACCAUUAUAGUAAAAAAAAGAAGUUAGAUUAAGUUAUUUGGGUUCUUCAGUGUUACCUGAAUAGAUUAACCUUUCAAAAGCCAAAAGAAGAUCAAUGAGAUAGUAUAUAUUAUUGAAAUAGGCUAUCAAUACUGAGAAAUAGAAAGCGUUAAUUAUGCAACAAAUAGCUGAACAAUAAUAAGGAGAGGAAGAGGAUUAAGAAAAUCUGAUUGUUUCAGAAACAGUAAAGAAUGUUCAUUCUAUACUGAGACAAAGAAUGGGACAAAUAAUGAGGGAAAGUAUGAAUGGGGAAUCAUCUGAAAGUGAUGAUGAUGAUGAUGCUAAUUUAUUUUUAGAGGAUGAUUCAUGUCAUAAUCUGUCUUCAAAGCUUUCUCAAUUAGGUGGAUUCGAAAUUAAGAUGAAAAGAUGAAUUAGGUUCAAUAUUAUUAAGAAAUGUAUUGAUUCUAUAUUAAAUUAUCUGAGUCAUAAUAUAUUAGCAAAUUUUAUAAUUGAUUAUAA